AUGGUAAACUCGGGGAGCAAUUCAAGCGAUGGCAUUCAACCCCAUCAACAACCCGAGAUGGCCAAGUCUGAUGUCGACGAUGUUCCCAACGUCGACCACGCCUCUAGGACAGGCGAUAUCCCAAUUGUCGGCAGAGACAAGGCAGCGCAGUUUCUCAAACAAGCUGAUCACCCUGUCAUAGUCACGCCUGCUGACAAUGCCCGCGUCUUGCGCAAGAUUGAUUGGCGCAUCUUGCCCAUUAUGCUGUUUGUCUACUGUCUUCAGUCUCUUGACAAGACAACAUUGUCAUAUGCCUCGGUCUUUGGACUUAUCGAGGACACCAACUUGGUUGGGGAGGAGUUUUCCUGGCUCGGAUCCAUAGUCUACUUGGCGCAGCUCGUCUUUCAACCUCUCGUGGCGUACAGUUUGGUCAAGUUCCCCGUCGGCAAGUUUUCCGCGACGAUGGUGUUUUGCUGGGGAGCUGUUCUGUGUGGAAUGACGGCUGCGACCAACUUUGGGGGGCUGAUGGCUGCUAGACUGCUGCUCGGGGCUUUUGAAGCUUCUGUUGCGCCGACGUUUAUUGCUAUUGUGCAGAUGUGGUAUAGACGAAGUGAGCAGACUACUAGAAACGCUUCGUGGUAUGCUAUGCUGGGGGUUGUCAAUAUGCUCGGUAGUUUGUUGACGUAUGGCCUGGGCCAUAUCAAAUCGUCGUUGCGGCCGUAUCAGAUCAUCUUUUUGUUUUGCGGUUGCAUCACCGUAGCCUUUUCCGUCGUCAUGUUCAUCUUCAUGCCUGACUCUCCCAUGGAGGCUAAAUUUCUCAAACGAGAAGACAAGUUCAUUGCCAUUGAGCGUCUAAGAAUGAACCAGAUGGGUAUCGGAUCUGGUGUGUGGAAAUGGGACCACGUCAAGGAGUGUAUGCUUGACCCCAAAACGUGGCUCUGGUUCUUCCUCAUGCUCAUCAUUUCUAUCCCGAGCGGCGGCAUUUCAACAUUCGGCCCCUUAAUCAUUCAAUCCUUCGGCUUCGACAAGUUCACCACCAUUCUGUUCAACAUCCCUUUCGGCGCCGUACAAAUGAUCGCCACGCUUGGAGGAGCAUGGCUCGCCGACCGAAUCAAGAUGAAGUCCCCGGUCCUCCUACUCCUCUGUCUCCCUCCAAUUGCUGGGUGCGCCAUUCUUCUCGCCGUCGGCCGCGCAAAGAGCGACCGAGCUGUGCUUCUAGCCGGAUAUUACAUCAUCUCAUUCUACCCCGGCAUUUCACCACUCAUCUACUCCUGGUCUGGCCAGAACACAGCCGGCGACACCAAGAGAAAAGUCACCACAGGCAUGCUCUUCGUCGGAGCGAGUACAGGCAAUGUCAUUGGUCCCCUACUCUUCAAACCCAGCGAGAAGCCACGCUAUGAUAGAGGUCUACGAACCAAUCUUGCCCUGUUUGUUGUGCUGGCUGUCUUGAUUGUGCUGGGCAUGGGGCUGAUUCGCAUUCUUAAUGCUAAACAAGCAGCUAAGCGGAGAGCUUUGGGCAAGUCGGAGGUUAUUACUGAUUUGAGUAUGCAGAAGGGCGCUGGGCAGGACACGGAUGUGCUGAAUCAUGUGGAAGAGUCGGAUACAGUUGGUGAUAAGGCGUUUGACGAUGUUACGGAUAUGAAGAACGAAGACUUUAUCUAUGUAUAUUAA